AUGUCUAAAAAGCAAAAAAUAACUACGCUUGAAUCAAAUAUUCAAUAUGAGAAUGAAUUAACUGAAGGCAGUUUUGAAACUACUGAUAAUACUAUCGAUUUAACAGAAAAUACGUCAACUGAGCCAACGGUCGAACUAACAAAUACUAGUGAAGAAACUGAUCUUAACUUAGUUUCAUUUUCUUCACGAGAAUCCUCUUGGGUUUGGGAACAUUUUUCAAAGUCAACCAAUACGGCAGGAACGCUUGCUAAACAUCUACAUAAUAAGCAUAGUAGCUAUAUUGGUAAUCGACAAAGCACUCUUGAAAAAUUUAUGGCUCUUAUACAAGUAUUGGAUCAGACUAAAAUUACUGAAAAAUUAUUGGGAAUUACAACUGAUAAUGCACAUUCGAUGAUAGCUGCAAGGCGGGAACUAAAAGAAACUUUAAAUAAUUAUGAAUUAGUUCGAGAAUUUGUAUCAAAAAUUCGGCAUUCAACAAGAUUAAGUGAGUCUUUAAAAACAAUUUAUAAACUUGAAAAUAAGCUCGAAUUAAAACCUGAUUUAGAUAUAGAGACACAGUGA